AUAAAGUUGGCCGUGACUUUGAAAGCAUCGUAGAAUCUGUUGCGCGUUCUAUGAACAAGUAUCGCAGAACCAAUUGUCUUGAUCAGUGUCUUCGUUGCACGAUUUCGCAAAAUUAUGAAGCUUUUUGUGCUCGCCACGAUGGUGGCCGCAGUAUGGGCUUCUUACGAGGAGGGCCAUGGCAGUUCUACCUAUCACGAAACAUCUAAGCCAGUGGAGAUACCCAUCUACAAGAAAUACGCAAUACCAAUUCCGCACCCGGUCGCCGUUCCAGUUCCCCAGCAAAUUAAGAUUCCGAUACCUCAGCCCUAUCAAGUUCAAAUCGCAGUUCCACACCCGGUGCCUGUGGAAGUUGUUAAGCACAUCGAGAUACCUAUAGAAAAGCCGGAACCGUACGUCGUAGAGAAAAAGGUACCAUAUGUCGUUGAGAAGCCGUAUCCAGUGACAGUGGAGAAGCACUUUCCAGUGCCAAUACCAAAACCAUAUCCAGUUCAUGUGCCAGUGUACAAGCAUGUUUUCCACCAUAAGAGCUCAGGACACGGACACGGUUGGAAAAAGCAUUGAUUUAAACUUUAACAAUUCUCUUCAGUAUCCUUAUACCAAAAAUAGCGACAAGCGUUACACGAGCAACAUUAGGUCGUAAGCGUUGUGAUGUUUGUACAUAGCUUUUUGUUAUGAUUGUAACAUUUAUGUUUGUUACUUUUAAAUAAACUGUUUCUUCUUGUA